AUGGCUGGGAGAGAAGCAUUUAUCCCAUUGCUGUUGGUGGCUGCGCUAAGCAUUGUCGAUGGCUUUGUCAACUCUCCCAAAAUUAUAAACAAGGAUGGAAAUCUCAUAUUUGAAUCGGGAUCCAAUCGCAACAUUAGCUUUCUGCUAAGCGGUAAAUCGCGUCUGACCAUUAAUGGGAACUACGAUGUUCUUGAACUGCUUUUGGCCAUCUCCGGUAGCAAUGGCUCAAGUUAUGCCAAGAAAAGACAAGGCAUUGGCAAAGAUGAGUGGAGCACACAGGAAGAUGCUGCUGAUAUACGGGAUCUAGCCGAAGAUUUGCUGUCGCUUAAGACCCGCACCUAUGGAACUAAUGGGCUUAGUGCACAACUGCGACAGCAGAUGAAUCGCACCCGAGUGGCGCGUGUACUGCUGCGUCGCUAUCAGCAGCGGCUGCGAACUGUGGAGAUUAAGGUGCAGCGCCUGAGCAGUCAACUGGAGCUGAAUAGUUGCCAGAGCAAUCCCUGCGGGAAUGGGGGCAGCUGUUACAAUACCUUCAAUGGGUUUCGUUGUCAAUGCCGCAGUGGGUUCGAGGGCACCAAGUGCGAGAAUGAUGUGAACGAGUGCACGUUGUAUAGAGGCACCGACCUGGGGUGCCAGAACGGGGCGCAGUGCGUAAAUCAGUUAGGCUCCUUCAGCUGUAUCUGUACGCCGGGCUGGUACGGGGUGCAUUGCACUCAGAGGAAGGGCGACUGUUCCCAGUCUUCGACAUGGGAGCUGUGUGGCCAUGGCAGCUGUGUUGCCAGCAGCGACAGUUUUGGGUACAAAUGUCUCUGUGAACCGGGGUGGAAAACCAACGGAUUGACGCCUGCCUGCACCGUAGAUGUGGAUGAAUGCAGUGCUGAGACACACACGCCCUGCAUCACCAAGUGCAUCAAUUUGCCGGGAUCGUUCACCUGCGCCCCGUGCGCCGCCGGCUUGACAGGCAACGGGGUCAGUUGUCGCGAUAUAAACGAGUGCGAGACGAACAACGGUGGAUGCAGUUUGAGUCCCCAUGUCGACUGCAUCAAUAGCUAUGGCUCGUUCCAUUGUGGUGAAUGCCCCGUGGGUUGGCAGGGCGAUGGACGCAGCUGCACGCGCAGCAGCACUAGCGAGUAUGGUGAUGGAAAUGGAGGAAUUAUCACUGGAAAUGGAUUCACGAACUGUGCACAGCACGCAUUCAUAUGCCAUCCGUCAGCGAAAUGCUCGGAAAUAUCAGGCACCGUGGUAUGCAGUUGUCCGACGGGAACGGUGGGAAGCGGCAUUGGACCAAGGGGCUGUUUGCCGGGCACCGCCAAUAACUGCAACGCGUUGCCCUGUUUGAACGGUGGCACAUGCGUGGACGUCGGUCCCAGUAAUUACACUUGCAUUUGCCCGUACGGGUAUCGUUUGCCCCGCUGCGAGCCCGUUCCUGAUGCUUGCCAGCCAAAUCCCUGCCACAAUGGUGGCCGUUGCCGCUCCCAUGACGGUGACUUCCUGUGCCAGUGCCAACCGGGCACACGCGGUCGGAAGUGCGAGACACGCUUCAACAGCUGUAAUGCGUUGCUUACAGGGAUCAGCGGUAGUCUGAAGUAUCCGCCCGAGGGCACAGGCUAUGAUCAUAAUGCACAAUGUGCUUGGGUCAUUCGAACCAAUGAGUCGCUUGUGCUGAAUGUAACAUUCAAUAAAUUUGAUGUGGAGGAUGCUACCGAAUGCCGCUUCGAUUGGCUACAAAUUAAUGACGGACGCACAUCCGCGGCGCAGCUGGUUGGACGCUACUGUGGCAACCAUCGCCCACAUGGGGGAAACAUCAUAUCUUCCACCAACUAUCUAUAUUUGUGGUUCCGCUCCGACAACUCGACAUCUCGCGAAGGCUUUGAUCUGCAAUGGGAAUCGAUAGCUCCCCAGUGCGGCGGACCCGUGGACUUUGAUACUUAUGGAACAAUUGCCACACCCGGAUCACCUGGUCAGUAUCCGCGCAAUCGUGACUGUCAGUGGCAUCUACACGCACCAAGCAACAAGCGCAUCAAACUGACCUUCUUUAGAUUGGAGCUAGAGCAACACGCCAAUUGUAACUUCGAUUAUGUAGCGAUUACCGACGCCAUCUCGGGCAUGGAGUUGUACAAAUACUGUACCAGUGGACAUCCGGCGCCACUUCUUUUGCCAACACACGAGGCCAUUGUGCAUUUCCACUCGGAUGCGGAAGGCAGCGAUGGGGGCUUUCAACUACACUACUCUACGGAGGAACGGUUGCCUGGCUGCGGAGGUAUCUAUACGACCCUUCAAGGCAGCAUUAAGUCUCCUAUAUACGAUGCCGAUGAGAUGAUGUCCUGCGACUACGAGAUUCGCAUGGCCCCUGGUGAAUCGGUGUUUAUUCAUUUUGUGUCAGUGGAUCUACCAGACGCUACUGACUGCAUAGAGCUGUAUGAUAUAGGCGACGACAACAGUAGUGUCAGCAUAUUGCAAGCAAAAUAUUGCGGUGGCUAUGCUUUGGAGUCAGAACUGCCUCCUGCUUUCAAUUCACUUUACAAUCGGGUGCGGAUCAUGUUUUAUUCACGUCGUGGACGCUUUGAGCUGUCCUAUCGUAUGGACUGCUCCUACGUUUAUGAGAGUAACACUGGUGUGAUUUCUUCUCCCGGCUAUCCCAAUCUAACGAACAAUGAUCGUUUUUGUACCUACAAAAUUAUCACCGAGCCUAGGACAGUGAUAGAGCUUACCAGAAUAGAUUUUCAACUGAAUGAUAAUUCACAGCUGGAUAGUGACGAAGAGAACGAUGACUGUGCCAAUACCUUUUUGCGGAUCAAUGACAACCUCGAUAAAAAUAUGCUUGGCCCGUAUUGUGGACAAACGAUGCCCGAGCAGGAUCUGGUCAGCAAAACAAAUAUGCUGAUAUUCCACUUGAAAACGAGCAGCACCAGUACUGGCCGUGGCUACAAGUUCAGAUACAGGGCUGUUCCUAUGGGUGCAAUGGAUUGCGGUGGUGUGUACACCAAGUCCAACCAGACCAUACGCUUGCCAGUUGGUCCAGAUGGUAAGUAUACAGAUAGCAUGACUUGUUUCUGGGUCAUCAUGGCACCGCCUCGAAAGGGCAUCAUGCUACAGUGGCUUAGCUUUAGCCUGGAGGCGAGCUCCGACUGCACCUUUGACUAUGUGGAAGUCUAUGAUAAUUUGGCCAAUAAUGAUUCGGAUGAGCCUUUGGGGCGCUAUUGUGAUCUCAUGCCACCGCCCGACUUUGUGAGCAAUUCCCGAUUGCUGACAAUCAAAUUUGUUUCGGAUCACAGCGACAAUGCGGAUGGAUUUGAGUUGGGCUUCCAGUUCGUGGACAACGAUAGCUGUGGUGGGCAUAUUCACGCAUCCGUGGGCCGCCUGACCUCUCCCGAAUUCCCCAAAAACUAUACAAAUGGUGUGGACUGCGAGUGGCGAAUUACGGGUCCCCAGGGCUCACAAAUCGAGCUACAGUUGGAGUUCUUUGAGCUAGAGGCCACAUCCAAUUGCUCUGGUGAUUGGCUAAUGGUUCGAAACGGUGAUUCAAAUAGUUCUAUGAUUAUUGGGCGUUUCUGCGGCACAAGCAUUCCUUCGCGCAUACCCUCAUUUACCAAUGAGCUCUUUGUACAAUUCCACUCCGACUCAUUUGUGAAUGCGCGCGGAUUUCGCCUAGGUUGGCGAGUUUUCGCCAACGGCUGCGGUGGCCGUUUACAAUCAGAGGAAGGCGUCAUAACAUCACCGAGAUAUCCCAAUGAGUAUCCAAAUAAUGUUCACUGCGAGUGGCAGGUUAGCGUGCAUCCGGGUGGCGCAAUUCGGUUCACCAUAGAGGAUCUUUCUUUAGAAACGCUGUCCGAAUGUCAUUACGACUAUCUAGAAAUUUUUGACGGAUACAAAAAGGCAAGCAAUUCACUGCUGUUCAGACCUUGCCAAGCAUCCGACGACAUAAAGGAAUUGGAACUUACAAGCAAUGAAGCCACGAUAAUCUUUCAUUCGGAUAACAGCAAUUCAGAUCGUGGUUUUCGCAUGUCCUAUAGAAGCGAUUGCUGGCGGAACAUUACCGACGCACAGGGUGUUAUCGAGAGCAUUAAUUUUAACGAACGGUUGUUUGAACGCAACGUGAAUUGUAGUUGGUCCAUAAAAGCACCGUCCGGAAACCACAUAGAGCUGGAAUUCUCGCAUCUCGAGAACAAUUUGAGGGAUUCUUCGGGACUGUAUCUGCAGGAGUCAGCGAACUCAACAGCUCAGUCUGUCACUAGUCUAGGUGCCUAUAAUAUAACAGGAGACACGCUGACUAUAAUUCACAAUUCAUCGGAUAUAAGCUUUCGGCUAGAGUAUCGAAUUGUGGGCUGCUUGCAUCAGCUGAAGGGCGAGCGUGGCGACUUCCAAUCACCCAACUAUCCGGGAAUGUAUCCAAAUAAUAUGGAAUGCUAUUGGAUCAUCCACGCAGAUCAGGGCAAGCGCAUUGAGCUAACCGUCUUCGAAUUGGAUGUCGAGAUGAGCACCAACUGUAGUAAGGAUGCGUUGAUUAUUGCCAACCAUGCCACUGAGUAUAAUGUCAGAGAACGUCAUUGUGGUAGUAUUCCCAAGCAAUUAAUUACCAGUGCCGGUCAUAGGCUGUACGUGCGCUUCAUAAGUGACUCAUCACACAAUGGACGGGGCUUUAAUGCCAGCUAUCGCAUAAUAGAGAGCAAGUGCGGUGGCAAAAUGAUCACUAAGCAAGGUAUCAUUCAAUCACCACAAUAUCCCAUGCCCUAUCCAAUAAACUCGAACUGCGAGUGGACUAUUGAGGUGUCGCCACAUCACACCAUUAACUUUGAGUUGGAAGACAUUUCGUUGGAGACCGGGCAUAGCUGCGGCUGGGACUAUCUGGAAGCGUUUGACCUUUCGGCAGAUGGUAUAGACGACAGCGAUGGGAAUCGAAUUUUUAGAAUUUGUGACGUACCCGAAAAUGAAAACAUGCACUCCAGCUCAAAUUUGGCGCUGGUGCGCUUUAUAAGUGACGACUCAAUGCAGCAUCGUGGCUUCAAGCUACAUUAUUACGAGUCCUGCGGUGAAACCCGUCUUAUUGAUGAGACGGAAUUUGAGUACAUAGAUAUAGCGCGUCAUGUGCCGAGCAACGAAACCUGUGUGUGGAAACUAAUAGCUGCUGAUCCAACAAAGCGAAUUAUCUUCACGCCCACUCAUGUGCUGUUAAAUCCAGUAGCUGCCGCUAAAUAUCCUACCGAAGGAGACUGCAUGCCUAAUGGCGUCCAAGUCUACGAAGGCACAGAGGCGACAGGAAGGGCCCGACUGCAAUACUGCAACUCACAUCCUCCUGCUAUAAUUUCUAGUGGUAAUGCGUUAACGAUCAGCGUUCCUUUCAAUUUAGUGUCCGAGUUUGAGAGUCAUUAUAUGACCAUGGAUACGCUUUGUGGGAGUCUAUAUUACUCCCUUUAUGGCAAGUUUACCUCGCCCUACUACCCCGAGUCAUAUCCGGUGAAUAUAGAAUGUCAGUGGGGGAUCGAAGCUAGUGCUGGCAACUCUAUUACUGUGACCUUUGAGUCUCUGGACAUGGAACAAUCAGAUGGGUGCAAUAAUGAUUAUCUAGAGGUAAGGGAGGAUGACGAGCGUGGCACUUUGCUUGGAGUCUACUGCGGUAAUAACAUUCCCACACCAGUCAAAAGUAAAAGUGCGGUAUGGAUCAAGUUUAAGAGCAACGAUGACAUCGUAGGAGAAGGAUUCAUUGCAUCCUAUAAUUACGAGCGUCAUAACGAGCUUUCGGGCACAAAUGGAACGGUGGAAUCGCCGAGAUAUCCAAGUAAAUUUCACUCACAAGAUAUAUACAGCUGGCGUAUUACAGUGGAAAAGGACUAUGUGGUGCUGAUACGCAUGAAACAUAUGAUAGAUAUAAAUCUACCACAUGUUCGGUUUUACGAUGGCUACUCCGAUAUUGGUGCACAACUCGAUUUGAGCGAGAGCGAUGUGGUGCGCUCCAACACAAACAUAUUGUAUGUUACUGCAACGAGUGGCCCGUUCCAGUUUCAAUGGGAACGACUCUCCAAAGAAGCACUGCGUUCAAAUCGCACAGCCGAAGAGCGGGCGCGUCAAUGUGGUAAACAGCUACUUACCAUUAACAAUACAAUAAGUUUCAACUCGCCGGGUUACCCACAUGGCUAUGCAGAUAAUCUGCAAUGCGAGUGGACUUUUGUGCCUGGAGAUCCGGCCAUGCACGUCGUUCUUGAUUUGGUUAAAGUAGACCUUGAGAGUUUGCAUGGCUGUUUCGGAGACUAUGUUCGGGUCUUGUCCAGCAACGAUCUAGUAACAUGGAAGCCCCUAAUCAAAACAUGCAAUCAGCCUAAUGCGUCGGAAGCCAGCACUUGGCAUGGCAAACCUUAUCUGCGUUUAGAUUUCGUCACUGACUUGGGCAUCAAUGAAACCGGCUUUUCCACAAGAGUGCGAACCAUUUGCGGCUCUGAGCUCAAUGCGCCUAAUGGCAUCAUAAAUAUUACACGAAUUAUGUUGCCCGGAACACAUGAGUGUGAGUGGAAAAUUCACGUCCGAAGAGGUCGACGCGUGCGUAUUACAUUCUUAGAAUCACAGCUUCGAAGCGAUACAUCUGUGGUCACAUCAGAGUCAGAAUCUUGCCGGACAUACUUUUUGGUGCGCAAUGGACUUGCAGAGGACUCCCCCUUUUUGGGACGUGGCAAGUAUUGUCAAAACAACAUCACCGAUAUAUUGGAAACAUCGUCCAAUCGCGCAUACGUCAAAUUUAAGGGCUUCUUGCGAUUCCGGGCCGCUUUCCGUUAUGAAGAGAUUAGUCAUGCGUGCUCCGAUGAAAUAGUGCUAACCGAGGAAUAUGUCUUUAAUGGUAACGGACGUGAAAUAACUUCGCCAAACUUUCCUAAUUUGCCGAAUCCUCACUCCGAGUGCGUGUGGAAAAUCAGCGCACCGCAGCAUCAUACAAUAGCCGUAGAAUUCUUAGGCACCUUCGACUUAACGCCCGGCAGUGGAUCUACUGGAGAUUCCUGUGAUCGCGAAUACAUUCAAGUGAAUGAUGGGAGCACUGAAAUGAUGCCCAUGCUCGGACGCUACUGUGGAAAACAGAAGCCGAACUCGAUUUUUUCUACUGGCAGUGCGAUGCGCUUAAAGUACUUUACGGAUGUAUCUGAGCCACAUCAGGGUUUCCGAGCUCGGCUUUCACUGGGCCGCUGUGGUGGCACCUACUACAGCAAUGAGGGCGUUAUUAAUUCGCCGGAGCACUUACAAAUAGAUAGAGAUUAUCGUAACUUCGAGUGCGUCUACACCAUAGAGGUGGAAAAGGGCAGCACCAUAAAUCUAAAGUUCGAUAGCAUGCAUCUACCUAUUUCUGAAAACUGCUCCGAGCACACGCAUCUUCAGCUGGACGAGAUCGAAGCUUUUGGCUUUGAUGGUGAAGAAAAGGUUAGCGAUCAGUUGUUGCUUUGUGGAAAUGGGGCUAGACACUAUACGGUGGAGACGAAUAAGCUAAUAAUGCGUCUUCGCCUACUGGAUGGCCCGCUAGGUGCGGAUGAAGGCUUCAAAGUGUCAUACAAGGCUAUUGGCUCACGCUGUUCUGAAACCAUUGUGGCAAUGACUGGUGUUCUGCAAUCACCGGGCUACCCGGAUGGCGUGACCACCCCAACGCAUUGCUCGUGGCGCCUGCAAGUGGCUAAAGGGCGGCGUAUUAGGGUCCAGGUACUUGACUUUGAUAUGGGCGCUAAAAACACCAGCCAGGUGUCUUCGUUUCGAGGACGUCUCUCCUUUGCCAACGAUUUUAAAAUGCAGUCUAUUAUUGGACGGUAUUCGGAAAGCCCGCCCGGUGAUAUCUACUCCACGGAUAAUACCAUGGGGAUAGAUGUAUUCCUAUUACCUAUAAAUCGCCAUCGCGGAUUCAAGUUACGCUUCACCGCCUACGGCGAAUCAGAAUGUCGUCUUGGCCCCAUCGAAGAGGGUACGAUGAGCUUUAGGCGGGCAAAUGGUACGCUGAGCGCAGGAAAUAACCUGGUGCAUUGCAGCUAUGAACUUAAGGUUCCUGUGAAUAGCACACUGCUUAUCUCAGUGCGCUCGCAUGUGAGCCGAGCACCAUUGAUGCUUAACCCCUAUGUCUGUGCCAUUGUUUCGCCGAUGAGAAUUUAUCUCAACAGCGUUCAGCUCUUACCCCGUUUGCUCUGUAACAAUAGUAGUAGUAUUAUGGACAGCAAGCCGAUAGUGCGAUUACCUUUCUCAACACAACUCGAAAUAUCAGGUAAUAGCCGUAACGGUUUACAAGAGCUGGUGGUGGAUUAUAAGAUGCAUAAUUGCGGUGGCAUCUGGCGCCUUGAUUUUGGAAAUAACGUAACUAUACAGCAACCGCUCAUGGAUAAUGAGUACAGAAAUAGUAGCUUGGACUGCGCCUGGGCCGUUUGGCCACCUUCGUUCAGCGAAGAGGAUCUAAAUGAACUGGAGUACUGGGCAGAUGAUGUACAAAUUGAAAUAUCGUUAAGUGUCGAUUUUGCAGGCGAUUGCAAGGAACACUACUUGGUGCUCUACAAUGGACCCGAUCAGAACUCACCUCAUCUGGGUCGUUUCUGUAACCAAGCUACUCUGUUGAAUUUCGUAGUUGAGCGCGGCCUAUUUUUCGAAUACCACACCGAGCACUAUGAGAGCAAUUCUACCUUUAAUGUGACGCUUAAGCAUGGAAGCGGCUGCGGAGGGAAGAUUGUAUAUCCUUACAGAAAUAUUGCAUUUUACGAACAGUAUAAGAACAAUGUUGAAUGCGUGUGGGAAAUUGAAACUGAGCCGGGCUUCCAUGUGGGCCUAUCCUUCCUCAAUCGUUUUUACAUUGAAUCAAGCACGAACUGUAGCAAAGAUUAUAUUAAGGUACAGGAGCGCGGCGAUACUCCUGGCGAGUGGAUUGACUUGCAGACGAUUUGUGGCCGUGAGCCGCCCAAUGCGAUAAACACCAGUACCUCAGCCAUGCGAGUUAUCUUUCGAUCGGACGGGGACAUAGUAGGAGAUGGCUUUAUGGCCCAUUUUGAUCGAAAUUGUGGUGGUCUUCUCUAUGCCACGAGCACCAACCAAGUGUUGACUAGUCCAGGCUACCCGCAGCAAUACAUGAAAAAUCUAUACUGUAACUACACCAUUAUUCCAUUGGAGUCGAGUGCGCCAGGGGUGCUUGUGCGCUUCCUCGACUUUGACCUUGAACAACCACCUAUUAGUAAUUGUAUGUUUGACAAUGUUACCGUACAGGUCGGCAAGGAUCGCCGCACCGAAGCCGUACUCUGCGGCGUGAAGUACAAGCACGAAUAUCGCGGACAGGCUAUCUCCCUAAUUUUUCGCACAGACAUGUCCUUCUCCGGCAAGGGCUUCAAGCUGGACUAUAGCACUAAUUUAUGUGGUGGCAACAUCACCCAAACUUCCAUGGUAGAAUCGCCGCGUCAGCAUACAGACAACAGUUUUCCGCCCAACAGCCACUGCUAUUGGAAUUUGAAGGCACCUGUCGGUCACAAGUUUACCAUAAAAUUCGAAUAUCUGGACUUUGAAAGUCAAAUGCGUUGCAGCAAUGAUGGAGUUGAGGUAUUUAAGGGACCCGUUGCGGAUCCAAAAUCACGCCUGGGGCAGUUCUGUGGUGACUUGACUGGUCAGCUGCCAACCUUAAAUGUUGAUUCGAACCAAGCUCUUAUACACAGUUACUCGGAUGAUCGAGAUGCUUCCCGUGGCUUUCGCGCAUUGGUGCGAGUAAUCCCCAAUUGUGAUGAGAAGAUUCUGCUCAGCGCACAAAACAGCUCGUACACCUUCAAUAAAUAUGCAGAUGGAUACACAGACGAUUUGGACUGUACCUAUAUUUUCACAGCUGAGCCAGGCUGGCAGCUUCAGCUCGAGUUUCGCAGUUUCCAUGUUGAAGCAACAGAAGAGUGUCGCAACGAUUUCCUAGAAAUACGUGAUGGCGCCGGUCCAUUUGCAGAUUCGAUGGGCGUAUUCUGCGGGCAGGUCUUACCGCCGAAGCUAACGUCCUCGAGGCAUGCGCUCUUCUUGCGCUUUGUCAGCGAUACAACAGUCAACGAUAGGGGCUUCCAAGUUGUUGUGACUGCCAUUCGCAGUGUCUGCGGUCAACAAGAAUUUAAGCUGGAAGGCAAUGCACACGUCGAACUCAAUUCGUCGCUGGAUGAGCAGGGUCACUAUCCAAACAAUAUGUUCUGUUACUGGCGUAUUGUGGGUGAGCAAGCAGUACAUCUGAAGUUCAACAAUUUUGAUCUACAGGAGCCCAAUUCUAAUGGAACCUGCGAUACGGACUAUUUAAAAAUUUACAACCGCGAGGAUUCCCAUUUGAUAGAGUUGGGCACGGGUUCCGAGCUAACAUUCAAUGGUCACACUGCCGGUCAGACUUACAACAGUUAUGCAUUGGAGCACAUAUAUUGCGGCAACGGUCUUCCUGACGACUACUAUUCCAACUCGAAGGAGGUGAUUGUGAAAUUCCAUAGCGACGCAACAAUCACAAAGCAGGGCUUCUCUCUAACGGCCAUGGAGGCCCAGGGCUGUUUCCGUAACUUCAGCGGUGUGCAGGGUCGCAUAUAUGUCAAGGAUACGGCGGACCAUUGCGACAUUUUCAUAAAUGCCCCCGACAACCACUCGCUAAGCUUGUACUACAACGAUCUGAUGUAUGGCACCUACGAUUGCGAAAUGGAAUUUGUCGAAGUGUUCGAUGCGCAUACGAACACAUCGUUGCAGAAGGUGUGUUUCUUCCAGGAUGCGGCAAAAAGUCUGUUCAGUACCACAAAUCAGCUGCGCAUGCGCAUCAAAAUGAGCGGGCAUUUUUCGACGUACGACAUCACCUAUUUGGCGAGUCGUGAUGGCCCCGGAUGCGGUGGUGACCUGUACAAUACGGAGGGCAUAUUUUCCAAUGCAUUCUAUCCACGCAAUGUGCGCAACAACUCCGAUUGCCGGUGGCGAGUGCGGGUUCCCAGCAACACACACGUACUGCUUGUAUUUGAAUUUUUUGAUUUGGGAUCUAAGAGCACCUGCCACACAGACUACGUGCGAAUUUUGGAGCGCACGAAAGGGGACCUGGAGCAGGAAGUUCGGCGCUUUUGUGGUGAAGAUAAGCCCAAGGUUUAUAAAAGCUCCCGCAGCGAGGUUAUCGUCCAUUUCCACAAGACCGUCAAUUACGAUGGCAUCGGCUGGGUCAUUAAGUUUGUGAGCGUCUAUUCCAAUUAUGAUAUACCCAGCUACAUGCUGCACUAAAUAUCUUUUGAAUUUCGUU